CUUAGUGUAGUGGUGACAGUGGUGAGUGAUGGUGGUGUUCGUGCUCGUGCUGGUGUUCACUUGUAUGUGGUGAGGACGUGUACUUGCUGGUGAGAGGCUGGUCCUGGGUUGCCCUGUGUCUCACCUGGUGCUUUAACACUGUACUGAUGACGAUGGUUGUGGCGCGGUAGCAGCAAAGUUGUCCCCGUGAGGUUGUGACAGUAAAGAGAUGGCCGUCCACACCCGGGCCGACCCCCGCCUCUAUCUAACACACCAUCGUAAACUUUAUUUUGAUGCUGGCUACUGACGCCCUGACAGCUUCACCAUAACAAGCAAAUACAGUGUUUUAUACUUUUAGGUUUAUAGUUCUAUUUAAGUGUAUACUAUAAAUCAUAAGGUAGUAUAGUUGAUGAUAAUGAUAACACGAUCGAAGUUCUUAGCUUCGUUCUGAGUGCAUGAAGUGUGUAGAAAGUGAUUGUGUUGUCAUAACAGCAAGUGACGGUGGGUGUGAGGGUGGCUGAUGAAGCUCAAGUUGCCCAAUUUGGCUGUGAAUGCAGCCUCAGAUUGGUGAAGUUAGCUAACCGUCCAUGAGAAGCGGCUGGUGGUAGGACAAGUUGGUGCGUAGGUGGCGGCUCCCCGGACUGCGGCGCUCCUGCCUGCCCUUGAUGACCGUCCCUGCUGCCUCCACCACACACGCUCCUCAAGCCUUUAUAUGUUGUUACGGACAGAAAGUUGGUGCAUGAGAGGGAGUGUGGGUGUACUGGAGAGCUGGUGGUAGUGUACUGAGCGUCGUCAUGACCACAUUGUGUACCACCCCUGAGUCCCUGCCCUCCCCCAGGGCGGCAGACGCGGCCCCAGAGUUCACUUCUCCCCCUGAUCCCUCACCUCGACCCUACGACAACCAGCCCUUCCCUGGCGAUGCUCCUCCUCCCUCCUACCCAGGUAGGGGCGACACGGAUUACGAAGUGCCCUUCUUCACGGUGGCGCACUACCGUACCCCUACAGCACCCACAACUUACGAGUACGCCGCCACACAUGCGGGGUUCCCCGAGGGGGUGGGAGAGGCCCUCUACAACGGCGGAUUAGACAGCGCCACCAUGUCUCCGGUGGAGUUGGCCUUCGGCAGCAAUAUGUCAGACUCAGGACGAUGGUGGCCGCGGGCCGAGACAUCCCAAGACACCACACCCAGCCACACCCCCGCCCGCUCACCUGUGGGUCUCCCAGGGCCUUCGCCACGCCCUGAGCCAGACUGUAGCGCGCCCGUACACCCGCCUGGUACAUUUAUCCGUAGGGUCUACGGCGCCCACGACCGCACGCCCGUGGGAUGUCUUCACGCCGCUGCCGGCACCACCCCGCGGGGCCACAAGACAAACCCGUUAAAAAGCUCCCAGCAAGACUCGGGGCGGUCAGGGGCACGAGCUGGCCGCUCCCAUGACGAUACACCCGUUAGGGGCUCCGUCGAAUUCGUCUUGGACCAGCCCUCGAGAACCCCUAACAGGAGCAGGAGUGGCUCCCGGCGAGGCGCCACCACACCAGGCAAGCGCUCAGCGCCCACCACGCCGGGGCAGUCGGAGGACGAACAAGCCUCGCCCGCACCUACCCGGGAAGUCGGCUGGGCUGCAGAGGAAGACCCCAAGGCUACCCCGUCGCAGGACGCUACUGCGGCGCGUCAGGGGACAGUCACUGGGUCCGGCAGCACCGCAGCCAAAGACGCUUCGGGCACACCACACACGACGACUGACGCGGGUGGCGUGGGCGGGGGAGCCAUGGAUACCAGUGGAGUGUAUGAGGACGCGGGCGUGAGUGAUGCAGCUGACCGCCUCGAGUCGGCCCUCCACUCCAGCUCCUCCUCUGAGGUUGUGGUCACGCCCAGAACUCCCCGCACUCCGCGAACACCCAGGAGUAAAUCCAGAGAGCCGUCGUUCUGCUUGGAGCUGGAAGACGACGAGUACCCUAAAACCGAGUCGGAGUACAUGUCGCUCCUCCACGCUAAGAUCGCCGAAGCCCACGAGCGUCAACUGUUACCCCUCAAGGAGGACCUGGCAGACUGGCUCUCCAAGCUCUUGGGUCUGACAGUGGGUACUCCAACACGUCGUCUCCGCGAGGCUCUACACUCACCCUGCACCCAGCAGCGCCAAGCCCGCCUGCCGCUGACCCCACCAAGUUGCCCAGGUGGGUCACCAAGUUGCCCAGGCCACUGUCAGCACCUGGUCAUUUGCCGCUAGUUCCUCGCCUGGUCUUACCCAACCAAUCUACCCAUACCCAGACUGAGACCCCACCCGCUUCUGCUCAGUCACGGACCCCUAAGUCCAACAUUCCCCGCCCAGCUAAGCCCACUCCACCCCCCAAACCUGCCUCCAUAAGAAGAGCUGUCUCUAACCUGACUCGGCGUCCCACUAGCAUUCCUUGCAAGUCGAGAGGAUGGUCAGGUGCAAAAACUACACCCACAACUCCUGUGACUACACCUACACACUCUGCUAAACCACGGCUACCUUCAGCUCGAACCCCAAGAUCCUCUGGUCGUUCUACACCUAAUACCACACCAACCACUCCCACACACUGUCGACGAUAUAUGACAUCUUUACAACGGACACCAGUACCCUCACCACGUCCUACAUCAACCUCCCGGCCAACAUCGCGACCCUCUUCCAAACCACCAUCACGGUCACCUUCCAUUUGUAGUCGUCUUCAGGAGUGCUACAACACCGUCCAAUCAGAAAGUGUUACCGAGGCCCACAGAACAGAUCUUGAUAAUAAGGUUCUUGACAUUGCCAACGAGACUCGUGGUUACUGCGGCUGUAAAAAUGAGAACUGCACCAAGUCUCACGUAAAGAGGGUAGCUGAUGGCAAGUAUGAGAUCUGUGGCAGAAAUGUCUAUGUUCGGCAAAACUCUACACCCAUCAAGAAGUUUGCAAAGAAGAGUCAACUGAGCAAACAGCCAUCAAGCAAGUCACACACAUCUUGUGAUGCAAAUAAACACUGCCACACAGUGGAGGAGUUUGUAGCGAAGCUCCAACCACGUGAGACACCAUCCCGGAUCCUCCACCUUCCUCAUGUCCGUGAUACAACCAAGAAAUCUUCACUGAGGAAACGACAAUCCAACUCUUCCCACCUGAGAAAGGUCCACUUCUCUUCUGAGCCUGAUAAGCGCCGAAUUCCUGUUACAACAUCUGCGAUGGUCAGCACUUCUCUAGAGCCCUAUCUGUUGAAGGGCAAGCAUGUGAUGGUUCGAGUCGGAGGUGGAUGGGACACUCUGGAACACUACCUCCUUCGUCAUGAUCCAAAGCAGGUGACUGUAUUUAACCUCAAGUCUGCAGACCCAUUCCUACACAUCCGUGCCAAAUACUGUUCACCCACACAAUCCCAAGCUUCUUCUACCAGAGGUUCCCCAACUCACUCCCGAGCCACACCCAGCAGGGUGACACUUUCUGGAGACCCCUCUCCAGGGAAUUCAUCAUCUGAAGGCACACCACCUCCUCCACAGGAACCUCAUGUGCCACCUUCUCCACCUGCUGUGUCUUCCAUGCCUGCCACAGUAUCAAAUACAAUUACAGACAGUUCCAUAAAAGACAAAAACAGCUCCAUUCCCAAAGAGGAAUAUUCUGCUGUUACUGUAAAGGAAAGUUCAAUGACCAAAUCUGAUUCAAGAAAUGCAUCAUUUAUUCCUUGUUCUAUCAAUGGAACUGUUGAAGAUGCUUCAUAUGCAUUAGCUCAAGAUAUGCCUACAGCCACUACAUCAUCUUCCCAGUCACAAUCCAAUUCUGUAAAAACUUCCAGCCCAACUACUAUGUCAAGGCCAAUAGUUAAUUCAUCCACCUUUUGCAUCGAAGAUCAUAAUUUAGUUGAUCCUUUGCCAUCAAUCAUUCAGACAUCACAUUCAAAAUCCCCCUCUACCUCCUCAACUUCUUCUUCUUCUUCUUCAGAAUCUUCUUCCUCUUCAGAUUCUUCAUCCUGUUCCCUGAAAGUGACUCCACCACCAACUCCCUCCACUUUCUCUACUCCAGCGUGUGCGACAUCUGCACCACUUGAUUUAUCAUUAACAACAAAUGGUAGUAGUACUACACUUGGCACUCCUUUACCAACCGAUUCCAUUGACCAUGAAGAAUUGUAGGCAUUGACCUAAAAGGGAAUGAAAUUGCCAUGACUCAACUCAAUUUCCUCAUAGUUUGGGUAUCAUGAACAUAACAAAUUUUUUAGAUUAAUACCACACAAGGAGUCAGCUUACAUGGAAUGGGAAUCCCAUUUAAGUUCUAUUGGCUUCUAAUUACAAAUACUGUAAUCCAUAUUUUUAUUAGUCCCAAAAUGUGAAAUAAAUGUGUCAUAUGGCACAAUAUAUAUAUGCCAAAUAUGUGAUAAUUAAUGUAUGUAGAUACACUGAAGGAACUGUACUGAUGUGACAGAGUAUACAGUGUGGAAAGUGGAAAGUAAGAUAAGAGGAAACAGGGUGCUCUGUCCAAAUCCUAAAAGGACUAUCACUUUUAAUAUUACUGAUUUGUGUGUAUGUUAAGUGAAGGGAUCUGCUUGCUGAGGUUUAGGCCUGCAAGCACUCACUUUUAAUGUUAUAAAAUCAUUCUACACAACACACACAAAAGCAGGUGCUCCUCUAUGACCAAGAGGAUUUGUAUUGUAAAUUAUAUACAAGUUACACAAAGGCAUUAUUUGAUAAUGAAAUUGUCAACUUUAUGUCUUUAAUAUAUUUAAUUUGAUGUUGCAUCAUCUAUGGGAUGAUUCAGCAAUAAUAUAAUAGUCUGUAAAACUGAAUAAUAAUAUUUUAAUUUUUAGAGUAAAUUAUUAUGCUAUUUCUUGAUAUCACUUGAUGAAUAUUAGAUUCAAGAAAAUGUACUGAAUUACUGUACUUAACUAAGUACAGCAUCUCCAUAUACAGUAUAGUCAUAUAUACACUUGAGGUAUGUACUUACAAUAUAAUAAAUAUUAAACUUGUUUAAAUAUUGUGCUGGUCAUUGUGUUGGUUUCAAUAGAGAUAUGAAUGAUUAUGAACUUUGCCUAUAAUCAACCAUCCUAUAUUUCGGUACUGUACACCCAUAAAUUAGAAUUUUGUAAUUUAGAAUUUAUCAUUACCUGAUAUUGACUGCAUAUCUGCAGAUGCCCUGCAUGUAGUCACCUCUGGCACUGUGAUAAUACUGCUACCAAGAUCCUCACAUUGAUGCUCACCAAGACUCAGUUGCAAAACUUAAUUAAGAACUAUUGAGCUCUGCCAGCAUCAAAUACUCAAUAUUGUUUCUAGAAAACUAAUAAUUGCUUAUUGCUCAUUAGAGUUAUGGUGGUGAAAAGGACUUAGGUUUAAAAAAUUAGGAGUAUAUGUGACUAAGAUCAGCAAAGAUGGGUUCUUAAUUCGUUUUCAGUAAGGUGCCAUUUUCCCGUGCACAACAGAGAUGCAUAAUUAUUAAUGCAUGUGUCCAGUCAAGAGUUGUGUUGUGUUGGUAAGUCUGUGCAGGUCCAAUUUCAUGGCCCUUUAUUUUGACAAACAUAAAGAGACAGAUUUUAAAUACAUGGUAUAGAUGAUUUUCUAUUAAUCCAGAUGAGGGCCUGUAGUUUUGUGAGACAUUUAACUUUUUUGAAGGUUUUGGACAAGAUUGUCAAAAGAGCAGGACUCUUGUAUAGGCUUUCUUGCUAUCUUUUUUUUUUUAAUCUAACUAUUAUGCAUGAUACCAAUCUAUAUAGCUCUUUAUCAACAAUCAUGCCAGCACUGUAGGUGCUUGUAUCCUUCCAUUUAAGGAUAUAAAUGGCAAGUAAGAUACUUCUAUCCAUUAUAAACUUUUAAUGAUUAUUAUGGAAUAACUUAUUUAAUGGGAGACUUAGUUUGUAUUACAAAUGAACUUUUAUUAGCCAGUACAGUAUUUGCUUACUGCAAUAGUACAUCAAGCUCGCAACUUAUGUGUAUAAGAGAUAUCCUCAAUGAUAUUUACAUUUGAGAAUGUAUAGGACAUCUUAAAGAAUUAUGCUAAUUGAACUGUAUAUCUGAAAUGAUGUCUGCUUUAUAUUUACUACCGAGGUGUCAAAUGCAUGGUUGCUAAAUAUUUUGCCAUAGGCCUGUUAUUCAACUAUGGGAAGUCUUUUUGUGUGACGUAAUAUAUUUUCGUAAGACCCAGACACUUAUUGUUUGGUUUCUUUUAAAAAAAUAAUUUUUACAUUUUCUAAUAAUCACAGGCAAAGUUACAAAUAUGUUAACUCCAGUGAUUAUUGAUACAGAUAGGGAUAGUUAUUAAUUUAUUAUUUUUAAUACAGUGUGAAGAAGGGCCAUGUAAAAUCAAUUAAAUACACACAAAUCUUUGGAAACAUGAGGCUACUUAGAACAAGUACUGUUUUGUCUUUAAUCCCAGUCAUUAUUUACCAAGAAUUCUUGAUCAUGCAUCUGGACUAUAAUCCAGAAUUAAAUUAUGUACCAGUAGCUUCACAUAUAGCUACCCAAUUACUGUACCCAUCAUCUGAAAAUUGUCAGAAUAUCUCUGUGGAUUUUGGCAUCAUAUUCAAUCAUCACAAUUUUAUUACAGAAACAAUUACAGUAUUUAGUACUAGAUCAUUUGUGGUCAGCUGUAUCAAUGUACUGAGUAACCUUUUCAUGUAGAUUAUCACAGAGCAAAAAAUUUUUCAUAACCAGUUCACUGUGUCACCUGUAUCAUGUAUCAAACAUUAAAGAUAGUGACAAUAAAUAAAACUUGGGGUGUCACUUUUGUAAGGUUACAAUUUAAACGAUAUUUUCAACCAAAAUCAGACAUCAGUGUCAGAUUAUCUUCGAUGUAAAUACUGGUUAUUGUAAGAUGGAUUUUAUGAAUAAAAUUAAUAGAAUUACAUAUUUUCUGCUUGUUAAAAAAAACUGCAAAUAUGGGUAGUAUGUAUAAUAAAUACAGUAGUAAGAAAGUGAUCUUUAUGUUGUAUACAUUGUGAAAAAAAUCAAAUUUUAUACUACUACUAUACUUAAUCUUUCUGUUUCAAAACCAUAUCAAUCUCAAGUAAAGAUAUUUAAAAAAUACUAUAAAUUAUUAGAAAUGUACCUAUGUAGGUUGAAAGGAGCCGAGAAAUUAAAUAAUCCUGCCCAGUCUUACAGACAUCUGCACUCUGCAUAAAUUAGUACAGUUUAUUCCUUGGGAACAAGCUUGAGAAUUGAUUCAGAGAAGGUAAGAGAAGUCCCAAGUGACAAAAGUGGCAUGGUCAGAAUUAAAAAAAAAGGCUUGCCAUAUCCCUCACAACAAAUAUGAGUUAAUAUAAAUCAAUAUUAAUGCAGCAAUACAACUGGUAUAUUUAUUGUUAUGGUAUUAUUAUAGUGCAAUGUUAUCAUGAUUAUAUUUGUUGUUUAUUACAGUAUUAUUACCACUAAUAUUAUUUUUAUCUGUAAUUAUUUUUUAAAUCCAUAUUUGAAAAAUUUGAGCUUAGACUUUUUAAUCAGGUCUCUUUUCUACUGAAUGUUAAUACCAUGAGCAUUUCUAGUUUUGGUUUGGUCAAUCCUUCAAGAUGAGGAUUCUCAUAAGAACCUUGUUGCCCAGUGCAUUCUAAUUUUUUUAAUUUUAGGAAGGGCUUAACAUAAAUCAUGUUAAUGACCGGUACCGUACUCAAUACCUGAAUUAUAAAAUAUGUUAAGGCUACCAGAGUAAGGGUUAUUUUUUGUCUUAUGUAAUAUAUACGUAUACUAGUUCAAAAUUCAGAAAACUUGUAGAUAAAAAUUUGUGAUUAGAAAAAGAAAUGUUUCUAAAAAACCCAUUCAGUAUAUCAGAGGAAAGGAGGUUUUAUAGCUGACUCAUACUUGUUCUAUCAAAGAAUACUGUAUAAAAUGACAUGACUAACAUUUGUACACAUCUCAUGAAGAAUGGUUGUGAUUUAAGUAUAUAUACUUAUUACAUUACCAGAAUUUCUACACUGUGUCUACCACUUGAAAUACAACGGAAAUAGAUCAUUCCUAACAUUCCAUUUAUUAUCAGUACAAUAAUUCUACUCGAAAGUGCCAAUAGUAGAUAGCUGUUAAACCUUUUAUUUGAAACUUCAUGAUGGGUUAUGACGCAUCUUGCAAGCAUCUUAUAAAUAAUGAAUGUGUUUGCAUCAAAGUAUUGUAUUUUGUGUAUACAGGUAUAUAUAUAUAUAUAUAUAUAUAUAUAUAUAUAUAUAUAUAUAUAUAUAUAUAUAUAUAUAUAUAUAUAUAUAUAUAUAUAUAUAUAUAUAUAUAUAUAUAUAUAUAUAUAUAUAUAUAUAUAUAUAUAUAUAUAUAUAUAUAUAUAUAUACUCUGCUGGCCUUGGUAGCCUUUGGAAGGGUUUCUUCACCCAUUGAUAUUUUCAUUGGCCAAUCAUAAUGCAGCUCACUUGGUCAUCUGGCACACAUUCUCACACCUCACACAGUUUUUGAAAGAGGUCCAUCAAUAUUACCAUCUUUUAAUUACAAUACUUUCAUUUCCCAACUCCAUUGACCACUACCCUAAAGUUUCAUAUGUUAUGCACAUUCUGCAGUCAGUUUCACAUAUUUUUAUUGAAUUUACGUAUAGAUUAUUUGAAAAACAAAAUUAACAGAAAUCAAUGUAAGCUGUAUUUGAAUUUUAAUAUCUACUUUCUGUUUUUUGCACAUGUACAAUUCUGCAGUAUGACUUAAGUUUAGUUAAGACAGAAAAAGGAUAUAAUUCUGCCUUGGUUAAUCUGAAAGGAACUGCAUCAUUGGAAUGCUGACCAGUAUGUGUGUAAUGGAUUAGAAGGAUAAAAUUAGUCCUGAGAUUUAUUAAAAUUGAGUAAUAUACCGUAGACAUGAUGGUUGGGAAUUCUUAUGGUUGUUAGUAUGAUGUGUAUGUUUGGGGCUAAUAAUGUUCCACACACAUUAAGAGACUAAUACUUGGUUAUGAAUGUACAGGAUAAAACUUAAAAAAAAAUAUAUCAGAUUAAAGAAGGGAAAUGUGUAUGUAGUGAUGUGAGCUUUAUAUGCUGUUAUUUUGUACAGUUUAAUUGUGCCAUGAAUUUUUACAUUUACAUAUACAACAAAAUAUUCUUCUGUGUUUUAUAAUUGUAUAUUGCACAAACUGUUUUCCUCCCAUUGGAUUUCUCCUGACCCAAAUAAUUCUGAUCAUCUUUUCAAUUCCAUGUUAUUUAUUUUAGCCAAAUAAAUUUAAAUUAAAACAA